AUGGCUUUCUCUCUUUUGACCUUGUCCGUCGCCACGUUGACCGUGCUGUCCGGCAGCGCCGCCGUUUUUGCAUCUCCGUUGACGUUGUCGCUCUCCAAACGGGUGUCCUCUUCUAUCGGUGUCCCCGGCAUCGACGCCGUGCAGCGCCAGAUCGCUCGAACCCAGAACAAAUUGCUUGCCGCGAGGUCAAGCUGGGAGGCACGGCAGGAUCACGCCUUAAGGAAGCGCGACGUGGACCUCGAGCUGCGCGCAUCUCAAUCAUCUCCAGGGCAAGGCUCGGCGGACUUGACCGAAUUCUUCGUAGAUGUUAUCGAUGAAGCCUAUUACGUGACAGUUACAGUGGGGACGCCUCCCCAAGAUUUCUUGGUGGUGGCUGACUCAGGCAGCUCGGACUUCUGGCUCGCGGCGCCCGGUAGUGAUGGUAUAGAUGUCACCUUCGAUCCAACGACGUCAAGUACCUUCAAAGGUUCAGACACCCCCGUCCGGGACGCAUAUGGGAAAGGCUUCUUCAACGGCUUCCUAGGCACCGACACAGUCAGCGUGGCCGGCUUCACCGUUCCGACUGUGAUUGUCGAAACGGGUGUCUCCACCUCGGACGCGUUCUCUUUCCGGCAGUUAUCGGGUAUAAUGGGCUUCGGCUGGGGAAAAAUAUCAAACUCGGGUUUCAAUACCUUCGCCGAGCAGCUCGUGUCAGCGUCUGUGCUGAGUGAAAACGUGGUCAGCUUCCAUCUGGGAAGGGCUAUCGAUAGCGCUAGCCCUCAACAAGCAGAAUCGAACGGAACUUCGAAGUCCGGCGGAUCGUUGACAAUCGGCGGGGUGGAUAGCUCGACUUUCACGGGCAGCAUCGACUUCUAUCCCAUCGUAGCCGAAGCACACUGGGUUGUGCAAGCGGAUGGAAUGGCUGUGAAUGGCUCGUUGGUACCGGGUACUAGUGGCGUUCAAGCUAUGAUGGAUACGGGAACAAGCCUUGUAGUCAUGCCCGAUGCUAUCUUCGACGCGUUGACGACGGCCAUGGGAGCCAAAGUGGUUCAAGGAGCAGCUUUUAUGCUGUGCGACUCGGUCCCAGCCAAUGUCUCCCUGCGUCUCGGCGGGAAAGACUACGGAUUUGCGCUCGAGGACCUCGUCCUAGGGGCUGUCCCGGUUAACACAACCGCUCUGUCGCAGCAGCUCGGUUUCCCGGAGGGAACUCUCGCGUGCCUUCUGCCCUUCAGCGGCGGGCAAUCGCAAAGCGAGCUUGGUCAAACUGCACCGAUGAUAAUAUUUGGCGACUCGUUUUUGAAGUCCUGGACGUCUGUAUUUGACAUCGGCAACAAGCAGGUGGGUCUCGCAGCCGCAUCACCUGCUUCGUCGCUCUCCACCAUCUCGGACGUCCUCAGCCUCAAGUUGAAACUCGAAGGCUUGCCGGCGUCGUUGGACCAUUCUUCUACUAGCACUGCGGGAUUGCCUUCGUCCACUGGCAACGCGGUGCACUCGGCUGCAAGUAGUAAGAGUGAUGCCCUUGGUGGUAUGAUGCUUGUACUUUUUGGGGCAAUGGCUAUGGUAGUUUUCGUUGGAUGA